AUGCGGGAAGCGACUAAAAACCAUUUCCAACAACAACACUACAAACUCGGAGCCGAGGAUGAGACGGAUUUUGGUUGCCGGUUUGAGGCUCGUCCGAUACAUCUCGGUGGAUCCCGCAAAAACACGAUUGCCUACGUUAAACUUCACGGACAGAAUGAGGAAACCAAAUUUAACAUCAAAUGUCAUCACUUUGGUCCGUCAAAUAGCUCCGCUCAUGGUCAAUCUCCAGAAAUCAACGAAAUUUAUUGCUACAAGUUGUUGGAGCUGAUCCACGUAGGACCACAAGUUCAGUUCAUCAUCCCGAAAAGAUUCACUGGCAGUAAACUGUCUUUGUACAUUGUCACCCGAUGGGAAGACGACUUCAUACCCCUAUCUGGCAACACAGAGGAAGCUGUUGGUGUCGAUGUUCUCGUGCAGAUUCUCCUACUGGGCACGUUUCUUUUCAUUGACGAUCUUCAUUCUAAAAAUUGUGAAUGUGAUGAAGCAGCUCGUAUGGAAGUGGCUAGGAAAUGCCUGAAGAAGUGGGAUUUACUGUCCCAAAUUGAUCUCGCUAUUGAACAAAUAACGCCAGAGAUGGAUCAAAUGAAACAACAGGAAAUAGGCUUCAAAGGCUUUAACAGUUCAUCAGAAAAACUUGAUCAAUACAUUAGCACCAUCAAGCAGAACAUAAUCAAACUCAUUGGGACCUAG